UUGCUUUAAUAAUUGAUGCGAUAUAUUGGAUGCCCGCUGAUGACGUUGGGGGGCUGAGAGUGGAGACGCCAUGUUGGAAUCGGGCAGAGCUGACAGACAAAAAAGAGAAUAAAUAUAAGACAAAAUCGGACCGAAAUCGCCGCCAUCACGGGUGGAAGUGAAAACAUUCAAUACCUUUUUUUGAAAAAGGACUUAUGCGGAAGAAUAUUGUCUACGAAGCAUCAGUGCAAGUGACUGCUUGACUUUUUAAAAAGACUCAUACGAGUGCUUGCUUUGAUUGCAACGGGAGGACUCGUAUAUAUUGAGCGAACUUUAUUAUCUCUUCAUUUGAAGAGGUUUAAACUAUUACAGUUUCUGUAUGAACAUUGGGCUGUAAACUGAACUUGCAUAUACAUAUAUAUUUAGAUAUAUAAAUAUAUAUAUAAAAUGACCACAGCCAGGACGGAAAUUCCCGUUAUUAUGGGUUUGUCUACUCAGAACGGGCAGUUGAGAGGCCCACUGAAAUCCAGUACAGUCCCAGGAGGUGUGCCACCACAGCAAGUCACACAGACCAAUCAACAGCUACAGCAACUAAAAAAUGCCAGCACACUUAAUGGCACUCAGCAGCAAGCACAUACAACCAGCAGUACUAUCAAACCAGGUGAUGACUGGAAGAAAAGUUUAAAGUUGCCUCCAAAAGACAGGCGGAUGAAAACUUCGGAUGUAACUGCCACAAAAGGAAAUGAAUUUGAAGAUUAUUGUUUGAAGCGCGAGUUGCUAAUGGGCAUUUUUGAAAUGGGUUGGGAGAAACCAUCUCCAAUCCAGGAGGCAAGUAUUCCAAUUGCAUUGUCUGGCAGAGAUAUAUUGGCCAGAGCCAAAAACGGAACAGGUAAAAGUGGAGCCUACCUCAUUCCAUUACUUGAAAGGCUGGACCUGAAGAGAGACUACAUUCAAGCUAUGGUGAUUGUGCCUACCCGAGAACUGGCACUGCAAGUCAGUCAGAUCUGUAUCCAAGUCAGCAAACACAUGGGUGGUGUAAAAGUGAUGGCUACCACAGGAGGAACCAAUCUCCGGGAUGACAUCUUAAGACUUGAUGAGACAGUUCAUGUGGUGAUUGCAACACCUGGAAGAAUCCUGGAUUUAAUUAAGAAGGGUUUGGCUAAAGUGGACAACAUACAGAUGAUUGUACUUGAUGAGGCAGACAAACUACUGUCACAAGACUUUGUACAGAUGAUGGAGGAUAUAAUUUCUACAUUACCAAGAACCAGACAGAUACUGCUUUACUCUGCCACGUUCCCACUCAGUGUACAGAAAUUCAUGAAUUCGCAUUUACAGAAACCGUACGAAAUUAAUCUGAUGGAAGAGCUGACAUUGAAAGGAGUAACCCAGUACUAUGCGUAUGUUACUGAACGGCAGAAAGUGCACUGUCUCAACACACUCUUUUCUCGGCUUCAGAUUAACCAGUCAAUUAUAUUCUGCAACUCUUCCCAGCGCGUAGAGCUGCUGGCCAAGAAAAUCUCUCAGUUGGGUUAUUCCUGUUUCUACAUUCAUGCUAAAAUGAGGCAGGAACAUCGUAACCGUGUGUUCCACGAUUUUAGAAAUGGAAUGUGUCGCAAUUUGGUUUGCACUGAUCUGUUCACUCGUGGUAUUGAUAUCCAAGCUGUGAAUGUUGUAAUAAAUUUUGAUUUUCCAAAGAUUGCGGAGACCUACCUACAUCGCAUUGGCAGAUCAGGACGGUUUGGCCAUCUGGGCCUGGCAAUCAAUCUAAUCACAUACGAUGACCGCUUUAAUCUGAAGGCCAUUGAGGAGCAGCUUGGAACCGAGAUCAAGCCCAUCCCUGGCAGCAUUGAUAAAAGUCUGUAUGUUGCAGAAUACCACAGUGAGCCAGACGGAGACGAUAAACAGUAACUUCAGAUUAAUUUGGCCCAAUCACAGAAUACAGAAACUGAAGAUUUUUUUUUUUUUUUUGCCUGUUCCGGAACACAUCAUUUCUUGGGAUACCCUUCUCUUUUCUUUGUCUAAGACAACACCAAACUCCCAUUUUCCUUUGUUUGAUGACACAAAGUGUAGUUCCUGAUUUGUGAAGGACCAUUUCUUCCUGAGCUCGUAUGGUUUGCACUGUGUGCAGGGAGUGGACAACUAUUGCACUAACUGGCACGGGAGAUCUAGACUAAGUAGCACUGAAGAGCUGAACUGAACAGUGAACAGCACACUUUGUUGUAUUCUUUUUCCUUCCUUCUCCUCCUUUUACCCCUCCAUUUUUUGUUUUGCUGAAGCCACUGACCAGGAUAUUCAUCUGAUGGCUUCUCAACUUCUCCCAGUGCACGUACUCGUCAGUCUUAGGCUACAAAGAUUUUAUGGUAUUUGUAUAAAGUGCCUUAAGGUGAUGCAGGACCAUAUGAAUACCAUCCCUAUGUUAUAGUCAUCCAUUUUUUGAGGGGGAGGGUGGGGUGUUUAGGGGGGGGUGGGAGGGAUUGGGUUGUAACUCAAGAUUUAUGUGACAUUAACUUCAUCUGUUUCCAUUGGUGAGAGUAAAAUGGAAUGUAUUGGUGGGGGAAGUGAAGAAUCUGCAAGAUUUUAGAUAUUUUUAAUUUUUGAAAGGGACUAUUUUCUUGGAGAAGUUGAGCUGGAACUCCAGAUGAGAUGUCAUCUUGAUGUAUAUAUGUUAAAUAUGUUGGGGCUAAUUUUGUUGCAUUUGCGCUCAGAAGGAAAGCUUGCAUUGUGCAUUUUAAUUUUGUUCACGGAGGUUUCCCAGAAGACUCCAAGCAUGACCCUAGCAGAACACUAAGAAUCCCACUCCUUCCCUACCUUCCAUCUCUUAGACUUGAAUGUAGACUGUUCUGCAGCAACUGAACUUGGACUCGGAAACUUCUAAACACAGGCAUCUAUUUUCCUUCUGACAGCAAGAUGAAGUGUGUCCCACAAAAGAUUGAUGUGUAUACACCUGUAAACAUGUAAAUACGUUUUUUCUAUCAUCUUGUUACCUUUGAUAAAAAUAAUUACUAGUUACUGGGGCUGGUAGGAAAUGGGUAGCAUGUUGCUGUGAACUAAAGCUGUGAAGGGCACUGUUGCAUGCAGCACCAACAUCAUAGCUGAUAUCUAUCAGCUCAAUGUAAAUACAGCAAGCAAUCUAUAAUCAGAAGUUGGUAACAUGGGACACAAUCUCAAUUUAUGAAUUGAAAUAUUUGGAUACAGUGACUACACAAAACCUUUGACGACCAGACAGUAAGCACUGAACUGAUUGAUAAAUGAGAUCUUUUUAGAUAUAAAUCUUCUUCCCUGCAUACUUCCCUCUUCACUUCCUCCCCCAUUUGCUGAAGGAAAGGUACCAUCUUGCUGUGAAGCAAGAAAAACAUAAUUAACCAAUUAAGGAGCAGCAGCCAGCUGAAUCGAGACAUUAGUGACUGAAAACUCAAAGAAAAAAUAAAAUGGGUGUAAGAAUUGUGCUGGCAACUAAUGCAGAACUUGCCCCAGCCAUCCAUGGCUAAAGCCAUCCAUCCCUUUCGAAUGUUAAGGUGAUUGGAACAACUCGUUUUUAUUUGGACGUAUGCAUUCUGUUGAGAUUUUCAUCACCAACAAAUCUGCUGCCUAUCCAUUGGGGUUCAAGAGGAUCAUGGAUUUGGAAGGGGGUUAAUUUUUUUUUUUAAACACCCAAUUUCCCAGUCCAAUUUCUCAACAUUUUCAGUGUUUCCAUUUUUGAGGAGCUGGUUUUGUUACAUGCAGCAGGAAGGUCUGUAGAAUAAAAGAGCUUGGCACAGUCCAACCCACAUGGCGAUGGUCUGAGCAGCAUAUUGCUCUAAUCCCAUAUAAAUGUUCCCAUUAUGUGAUGGACAGUCACUGUUUUGAUGUGGAGAAGUAGGUCCUGCUGGACUCUAGUAUUGUCCGCUCCAGUCCUUAAACACACCCAUGUAAGAAAUGUGUAUAUUUCAAGUUAUUUGGACCUCUGGAAUAAAUCCUGGAGCCAAUUUAUUUGGACAAAUGAUCUCUUUCGUUUCACACCUUCCCUGUCCACUCUGCCCAUUAUCUAGAUCUCAUCCCGUUCAUAAAGUAGGUUUUAUGCUGAAAUUUGGAGAUUUUAUUUUGUAACAAUAAUUGUGAAAAUGAUAGGAUGCCAUUACCUCUACUUUUGAACCCUUUUGAGCAUUGGUAAUGGUAUUGUAUCUAAAAAUUCAAGAUUUUUCCACGGGUGUUCAGGUGUAUAUUGGUUUAACUUUAGUUAUACUGACAUGUUCUGUGUCCAUUUAAAUAUUUUGAGUAUAUGAUCUGACUGACACAUUGGACAAUAGUUUUUUUUUUUCUUUUUUUUUCCUGGGAGCAAAUGUCUAAUCUUUGUGUUGUUGCCUGUUGCUGUGCCCCUCACAGUGUGCUGGUCGAUUGGCCUGAUGUACAGGCAGUGUAAAGCAAUGGGUCAAAAUAGUUUGCAAAUAUCCUCCAGCCUGAGUAACAACUGUCUCAGAGGCACCUAUACUUCUAACCAACUUCUGUACUCGCAAACCAUCUUAAUUUGGAAUCUAAAUGAACAGUCAUUGCUGGAAGAAUCCUUUUGAGUUCUGAAAUCCUGUUGGUCAAAGAUCAGCAGGGUGACUCUGUGUCCCCAUUGAAUUUAAUGCUAGCUUGUGUACUGAAGUCCAGGGAAGAGAAACUGCAGUUUGGAUACUUUGAAAUUAAUUAUUUUUCAAAACUACUCUUGCUGUAGUUAUGAUGCUGGCAAACACCCAUGAGUCCAUAAAUCCCGGAGGUGACUUCUUUGGAGUGUUGGAUUGCUGGUGGUUCAUCCUCCUGAAAUUCCAAUCAGUUGUGUUAUAUGGUGGGGCCCUGGUGAUGGACCAUUGGAUUCUUCCAUUAUUUACUUCCUUUUUGCUUUGUGAAGUGAACAUCCAUUUUGCAAAUACUUGGGAGUUGGUAUGAGAGAGUGCAGAAGUAGUUCAGGACUAGAAUACAUCGAGUGUAAUCCAUGCAUAAAUAGGCACCUUGCACUUAAGUGCAAUAAACAUUUGUGCUUUAUAUUGCCAACUAUUUGUUAUUGGGAUUUUUGAGUUUAACAAAUUUGCACCUGCUUUUCGAAGAGUAGAUUCUAAGCAUGUAUAGGUGCCUCUUGGACAGACAUCCAUUUUGUUAAUGUGCAAAAAUUAUAGGGUUUACAAGAUUUAAAAUGCUGUAAGAUAGUGUCAGUAGCAGAAAGCUGUGUUAAUGGAAAGACUUGAGCAUGGGUACCAGCUGUGUAAACAUCUCCAGUUCUACAGGUACUUCAUUUUAAAACAGCUGUUAUAGCAGGUUGGGAUUAGGGAGUGGGUGAGAGGAGGAAUUGUAUUGUGACUUUCUUCAUCCACAGUUUAAAAGACGAGGGGAUUGUUCCAUACACUCACUUCCCACCUUGUAAAUAAAGACCAGACGGCAGUGUGCACAUCAGACGCAAAGCUUGUGUUGGACUUUGAGCGUAUGCACUGCCAUCAUUAACAAACAAACCUGGUGCCAUGGUUUAACAAUCCCUUCUGAAGCACAGAUAAGUUGGAAAUGUGUAGUAGUAUUAAAUGCUUGGCGCCUCCUUUUAAGGGUUGGCACUUAACUAGACUAUCCCCUUCAUGGCUACAGGUGUUGGUCGCUAUCGGGGGAUGGCAAGACUAUGUCGGAGUAUACAAACCUGUUUAAGAUUGGGAAAGAUGCUUUGUUACCGUUGUUGAGUGUAAUCAGAUCUCUGCCUCAACAAUGUUUUUCUAAUUUGUAAGCCAGGAAAGUAGCAGGUAACAGCAGAUGUCUACAACAAACUGCUUUAAGAACUUAGUCGUUUACAGCUCUUAAGAGUAAUUAAGAGUAAUAGUCUCCAUCUUCACUGAGUCGUUAAGCGGGAAAAUUCUACAAAAGGGUUGUACUGUGAAAUACUAAGUUUAAUAGCAGGUGACUGGCUUAUUGAGAAUUUUGCAAAUUUUUUUGGGGGGGUGGGAGGGGUUAACAUUUUAAUGUUUAUAGAAUGAGAUGAAAGCAUCUUUCCCUUUUUAUUCUCCGCGGCAUGUUUCUGAUGUGUGAAGUAACUAAACAUUGGCUUGCAAUGUCAUCAAUAAGCCCUUCACACAUGAGCUGAAAGUCAUCUCAUUCUAUUUAUAUAUGUGUAAUUGGGUGGGUGGUUCUGCUGUUCCAAGGACUUCAUCUGCACAGACAGUGAGCACUUAAAACCUGGCAUACCUGUGGUGUGAUAAGUGAGGAAAUUUCACAGAGAUAGAAACUGGAUGCUAAGGUGCCCCAUCAUGGCCAUUUGACGUCAAACCAUUUUGUUAAUAUACACCAAAUAUGGUCAGUUAUUUUAACUUUAAUUUUUAUACCCCCAUCCCUCUAUUUUAGUUUGUUUGGAAAGGUGAUGGUGUAUGUGGUGGGAGAUCUUUAGGCAGGAUGGAGCUCUUUUCAUUGUGCAGAUGUUGUUCUUGGGGGGGGGGGGGGGGGGGGAGAAUGGGAUUGGAUGGGGUCAGGAGUUAUUGAAAUUAUGCCAUAUGCAUAUGGAUCUUUACCAAAGGGAGGGGGGGAGGGUGCAACAGGGCUGGGUUUAAAACAAAUUAUAAAGGCAAACCUGUCCCAUUUCAGUGUUCAAGAAAAAAAAUCUUAAUGUUUCCCCAAUUUGAACAAAGUUCCUUAAAUUGGCGGCUUAAAAUAAAAGCAUAAUUUAAACCCAUUGCAUUAAGAAUACUGAAAUGAUAGGACUGUUAAAUGGUGACACGUGGAAACAAAUAGUGUUGCAAGUAUGAAACAGUCUACUUUAAAAAAAACAUUUGAUUUCCUAUUAUGAGUAUAAUUGGCUUGAAUAUUCCAGUGAAAUAAAAAUAACUUUACUUUUGAACCAGAACUUUUCUUUAAAGCUGAUGCUGUAUGGACCGGUUAUGAAGAGAUUUGGAUACUUAUUCAGAAUGAGUUGAGAGGUUGUUUAGAGAAAGCUACAGAGUUGCAAUUUUGUUCAUUUCAAUAAAAACUCACUGGAAUCUAA